AUGGGCUCUCCAUUUUCCAAGCCGGAGUAUAUUGCUGAGAAGGCACCUCUAUCGAAGAUGGAGGCCGCUGUGACCAAUCAGAACUUAGAACAGGAGUAUGCUGAAUAUCCACCCCCGGCGUAUCCUGUUCGAGACAGAAUUAAGACUUUGACGCUCUCACACGUGAAAGAUUGGGACCAGACUCUAUUGAGCGAUGACAAGAACCGUCUCGCAAUCUCCAGUUUUGCUAGUCAGCCCUAUACACAGCUCCUCACCGAUCGCAAAGCUCUCCGGUCAGACUUGCAGAUCUUCAAUUUGACCAUUCCAGAAGAAGGAGGACCGAUCACGAACCAACGUUCUUCCGGACGCUGCUGGCUCUUCGCCUCAACCAAUGUCUUCCGCGUCCCUCUCAUGAAAACAUAUCAGCUUCGUGAAUUUGAGCUCAGUCAAGCUUACCUAUACUACUGGGACAAGAUCGAAAAGGCAAAUUGGUUCUUCGAGCAGGUCAUCGCCACCGCAGAUGAAGAUCUGUCUAGCCGUUUGGUCCAGAAGCUCUGCGAGGAUCCAGUCACUGAUGGCGGCCAAUGGGAUAUGGUCGCCAACCUGGUACAGAAGUACGGACUUGUCCCACAUGCGCUUUACCCCGAUGCCUACCACGCGCAGAACAGCUCUAAGCUUAACUGGCUACUCACGGCCAAGCUGCGCGAGCAAGCAUUGGCCCUGCGCAAGCUGGCCGCGAAGAAGGGGGAUCCCCAGUCCGCGUAUUUACUCUCUGUUAGCAAGGAUAAGUUCCUGCAAGAGAUUCAUUCGCUUGUUACCCUCCUGCUGGGCCCCGCACCGACCCCGGAUAAGCCAUUUGUCUGGCAAUACUAUGACGCUAGUGGAACUGCCCGUGAAGUGCGAAAGACUCCAAUCGAGUUUGGUCAACAGGCUCUGAAGUCUCAGACACGACCACUGUCCCGCACUAGUGGUCCUACUCUAUCCCCUGGACGAAUGUUCAGUCUCGUCAAUGAUCCACGAAAUGAGUAUCAACGGCUACUAACGGUUGACCGGCUCGGUAACGUAGUCGAAGGUCAACCUCUCACAUAUGUCAACGUUGAAAUAACAACGCUCAAGCGGGCAGUUAUUUCGAUGCUCAAAGCUGGGCAUCCUGUCUUCUUUGGCUGCGAUGUCGGCAAGUUCUCUGAUAACACCCUUGGUGUCAUGGAUACUGGUCUUCUUGACAUCGCGCUCGGAUUCAAUGUUUCGCUUGGUAUGAACAAGGCCGAGCGCCUUGCCAGCGGGGAAUCAUCCAUGACCCAUGCUAUGGUUAUCACGGCAGUACAUCUCGAAAAUGAUCGGCCUGUUCGCUGGCGUGUGGAGAACUCGUGGGGUGAGACUGCUGGAGAGAAGGGUUGGUUUGUUAUGACUGAUCGGUGGAUGGACGAGUAUACCUUCCAGGCUGUUGUGGACUCGAACUAUGUUUCUUCCGAAAUUCGGUCGAUUUUGACGCAGAGUCCCAAGGUCCUACCCCGGUGGGAUCCUAUGGGAGUGCUUGCUUAG